CCUUACGAUUCCAAAGUGAGCAAACGAACUUGUAGCUAAACCCCUAUGCCCCUCUAUCUUUAAUCCGGGCGGAUCCUAAGGUAUAAAUCUCUCUCUCCCCCUUUCCUUCUUCGUCUCCAAGAACAACAAAUCCUCUCUCUCCCUUUCCUUCCUCGUCUCCAAAAACAACAAAUCCAGGGGGUUCGAAGGAAGGAAGGCAAUAUCUGAUCUACCGAAUUCUCGUUUCCAUCCUUGUCGUACUCAAAGGCGUGAGCUUUCUGCUCGAAGGGGAUGGCGUCGGCGGCGGUGCAACUUGAAGAGGAGGAUGAGCUGCGGUUUGAAGAUCUUGCGAAGGAGAUGGAGCGGUUCGGAUUGCACGAGUGGUUAGAGGUUGAGGACAACGGGCAGCACCACGAGGACACAGCAGCUACCGCGACGGAGGGUCUGUUCCCACUUCCGGUGGCUGUUGGUGUUGGGCCCAGAAGAGAGAGGGACUUGUACCGUCCCGACGAAUUGCGCUUCCCGGGCGAUCAUCUCGGCCGCGGCCACGCCCAUGCCCUUCACAACUUCCCGGGCGCCGGAUCUGUUCGGCCGCACGCUGCUUGGCCUAGUUUCUCCAGCGACGCGUACAUGACACCGCCGUGGGCGUGGCCUGGGCGCUCAGCGGCCAUCAACACCCAGCUCGAUGACUACAUCGUGUAUCUCGCCAAGAACGAGCAAAUGGUGCUCGACACGCUGUUCUCUGGCUCCCCUGUGGACGCCCAAAUCGUGGCUGAUCUGAUAGUCCGGUACGCCGUCCAUCUCUUGGAGAGCAGCCAUGGGAACCGUCUGCUCGAUCUAGUCCUCAACCACUGCAACCAUAGCCUCCACGGCUUGAUCGUCGCCAGAAUCACCCGAGACAAGAACAGGUUCUUCAGGAUUUGUGGUCAAAGGUCAGAUGAAGUGGCCAGGGUGAUCAGGUCUUGCAGAUCAGUGAAAUCGCUUCAGCUUCUGAGAAAUGCCAUCAUGCCAUGGAUAGCUCCAUCCAUGAUGCAUCAACUUGUGACGGAUUCGAAUAGACUCAGAGUGGUGCAGGCCUUCGUGCAGUGUGUUCCUGAUCCCUACUUUGCUAAGUUCAUUUUUGAUGCUAUUGCUAAGAACUGCUUAGCACUUGCUUAUGGUUCGCAUGGAGUGUCCCUGUUGCGAAGCUGUCUGGAGCAUGCUGAAUGGACAGAAAAGGAUGAUGUGUUGUCUAAAAUCUCUUGUUGGAGCAUUGAACUUGCUCAAAAUCGUUUUGGAAACUACAUUGUUCAGGAUGUCUUAAAACAAAGAAACCCAUCGCACCUGGCAAUUAUUGCAUCCUGCUUCAGAAAUAAUUAUGUGCUACUCUCAAAACAGAGAUAUAGCAGUAAUGUGGUGGAAACAUGCUUACAAGUAUUUGUUGAUGCUGAGAGAUUUUUCAUUAUUGAUGAAUUGAUUUGGUGUCCCCACUUCAAAGAUUUAGUGACACAUGAGUUCGCUAACUAUGUUAUCUCCAGAGCCCUUGGAACUUGCACGCAUCGUUUGGCCACUGCCAUACUUUCCCUUCAAAAUGUUAAUCGUCGCCACCCCCAUUGUUUGAAGAUGUUCAAAAUACUAUCUGAUCUUGGCUACAGACAUUGAAAAUGAGAGCUAAUAGGGUUUCAGCAUAAACUGAUCAUGUAUACUCCAGGAAUUUUGGCCGGCGAUGUUGUGAAGUCAACUGAUAGACCGACUUUGUUUCAUUUUGUAGUGUGCUUGUUGGUUAUACUUUCGUCUGGAGAUGUUGUGUGCUGGUUGUACUAGAAAGGAUUUAGCCUGUGCGACCUUGAAUUUGUCUCGUGAUGUGUUGUGCUCUUUUGGUGCAUGUUGGAUGUCUCCAAGAGUUGUUGUUAGCUGUUACUUCUGAAGUUUGGUGCCUGUUGUCAAAAGGUGAACAAUGUUCUCCGCAGUUAAGAGAAAGAUGUAGUCUUUGUUAAUCUUCCCUUGAUGUAUUCCUUUUUUUUGUUUUUUUGUGCGAAGGUCCCUUGAUGUGUUCCUCUUC